CGGUGCGUCCGGCGGAGGAGACGGGCAGGAAGGGGUUAAAGCUCGCCCAGCUGACAGUCAGCUGAUGGGGCCCUGAUUGACAGCUCCCAAAAGUUUCCUUGUUCUAUGCUAAUAUUCGCUGGGUGGGUGCCGCCCAUUGGUCCGGCCGAGGAGUCCAUUUGCCAUUUGGAGUCUGACGUCAGGAGCGCUAUAAAACUCUGCAAUGCUUUUAAACUCUCCUGCUGGAUGAAACCUUUAAAAUAUUCUUCAUCUUCUUGCCGUAGCUGUGGGGUUCAGGGUUUGUUGGUUGUUGGGUUGUUGUGUUGGGUUUUUUUUUCCCCCCUCUUUUUUUUUUUUUCAUUUUUUUUUUUUUUAAUGAUUGUUUUGGUUGCGAUAGAUCGACUUUGAUUUCUUUUUGUCUCCGGUCUCUUCUCCCUCCUCCUUCCCCCGAUGAACCUCUCUCCUCUCUCUGCACUUUGCACGAGAGAAGCCCAGAGGAAAAGCACCAUGAAGUGUUAAAAAUAACAAAACAAAAGCAAAAAAAAAAAAAAAAAAGAGAGAGAGAGAGAGAGAGAGAGAGGAAAAAAUUUCCUCGCAACACCCGCGAACGCUUCCAGCUGCAGUUUGCGAGAGAGAAAGAGAGAGAAGGGAGGAAAAGAGCCGUGCGUGCAGAAGGCGCAGAGCCCCUCGCUCUGAUGCAGCAGCGGCAGCGGAGGCUCUGCAGGGGAUAACGCGGAGCGGGCGGAGCGCGGCGCGGCGGAGGAACGGACGGACGGGCGGACGGACGGACGGACGGACAGCAAAGCUGGCUCACCCGGCGGCAGCGCAGAGCAGCGCCCUCGCUCCCGGAGCGCACCCUUUCUGGAGGACUGUCAGCAGCAAAAGGAUGGCAUCAGAACUGGCAAUGAGCGGCUCCGACCUGCCCACCAGUCCCCUGGCCAUGGAAUAUGUUAAUGACUUCGAUCUGAUGAAGUUUGAAGUGAAAAAGGAGCCGGUGGAGACCGAUCGCAUUAUCAGCCAGUGCGGCCGCUUGAUCGCCGGGGGAUCGCUCUCUUCCACCCCGAUGAGCACGCCCUGCAGCUCGGUGCCCCCGUCCCCCAGCUUCUCGGCGCCCAGCCCCGGCUCCGGCACCGACCAGAAGACCCACCUGGAAGAUUACUACUGGAUGACGGGCUACCCGCAGCAGCUCAACCCCGAGGCGCUGGGCUUCAGCCCCGAGGACGCGGUGGAGGCGCUGAUCAACAGCAGCCACCACCCGCUGCCCGGCGCCUUCGAUGGCUAUGCUAGAGGGCAGCAGCUGGCCGCGGCCGCCGGCGGCUCGGUGCCGGCCGAGGAGAUGGGUUCGGCGGCCGCCGUGGUGUCGGCGGUGAUCGCCGCGGCGGCGGCGCAGGGCGGCGCGCCCCACUACCACCACCACCACCACCACCCGCACCACGGCGGCGGCGGCGGCGGCGGCGGACACCCCCACGGAGCGGCGCCGGGCAGCGCGCCGCCCUCCUCCGCCUCCUCCUCGGCCGCGGGCUCCGGAGGCGGCGGUGGCGGUGGAGGCGCCGGGGGGCUGCACCACCCGCACCACGGAGGAGGAGGCGGCGGAGGCGGCCUGCACUUCGACGACCGCUUCUCCGACGAGCAGCUGGUGACCAUGUCGGUGCGGGAGCUCAACCGGCAGCUGCGGGGCGUCAGCAAGGAAGAGGUGAUCAGGCUGAAGCAGAAGAGGAGGACCUUGAAGAACAGGGGCUACGCUCAGUCCUGCCGAUUCAAGAGGGUCCAGCAGCGGCACGUCCUGGAGUCGGAGAAGAACCAGCUGCUGCAGCAAGUGGAGCACCUAAAGCAGGAGAUCUCCAGGCUGGUCCGGGAGAGGGACGCCUACAAGGAAAAGUACGAGAAGCUGGUCAGCAAUGGCUUCCGAGAAAACGGAUCCAGCAGCGACAACCCCUCCUCUCCAGAGUUUUUCAUGUACCCGAGAGAAUCUUCUACAACGGUGAUGUGAAAAUCCCCGUUACCUGAGGUCAGAACAAAAGAAAAUGUGAUGCUGGACUGAUGCUGGAUUAGGACAACGUUCUGGCAUGAAGACAGCUACAAAGCACAAAAUACAAAACAAAGAAACAAACAAAGAACUCUGAAAGAAACAAGAAAAAAAAAUCAGCAUUCUCUUGGUAGCAACGAGAAGCUCUUUAUUUUUCCUCAAGUUUUUCUUUUCUAAAAAAAAAAAGAAAAAAUAAGAAAAAAAAAAAAGAAAAAGAAAAUUAACUAAGACGUUUGCAGAAAUGAGACAAACUUUCUCUUCAGGUGACAUUACUCAAGCAAGCAUGUUUUAUUAUAUUUAAAGAAAAAUAGAGAGAUUUGGAUUGGGAUACAGUAUCAAGAGAACUGAGCUACUGUGAAUUUUGCAAGAAAAAACCCACAAAAACUCCUUAAAACUGUGAACUGAGAAAUGGAUGGAAAUACCACUUAACCCCCCUGAUUACACCCCGUGCAUUCUUUAGGAAACAAAACCGUCUUUGCUAAUUCUAUGAUAUUAAGGAAUGGUUUACAAAAUAUCUUUUACUAUAAUCUUUUAAGACAAAAGAAAUAUUUAAUUAGCUGUGAUUUUGGCAUUUCUGUUCAGAAGUCUUUUUGCACCCCCUGUUUUUAGAUAGCAUGGAUGUAUUUGCAGCCAGCAGUCAAGGGCAGGAGAGAUUUCUUUCCUUAAUAAUCUUUUUAAUUCGCCACACCCUAUAAAAUCCUUGCAGGGAAAAGGAAUCAACACCACUACCCAUAUCCUGGUCGAUACCUACAGCCUAACAGACAGUAAUUAUCAAAAUAAAGAGGAAAUCCCAUAUUGGGCUAUGUAACUAAGCCAUUAAUCAGAACAACAGAGAAUAUCUGUGGCACCGCGUUUCUGCAAUGGCACAAAGCGUGCCUCCUUGGGUUACACUUUGAACAGGCUAUAAUCAAAAGAAGAGAAGCACGACUAACUAAGCCCCAGGAAGCUGCAUUGUCCCUUUAACCCGCCGUAUUCCCCACUUCCCAUUAGUACUUAACAUUUUUCACUAUGUUGUGACUGCUAUUAUUUCAUUUAACACUGGUUAAUCUCUAUCGGAGGUAUACGGAAAACCUCUAGAUGAUAAGAUUGGAUGGGCUCCAGCGCUGGCAGGUUCUGAGUGUGCGGGGCGUUCUGUCACGGGGACCGCCUGCCAAGCUGCUCACGGAUCAGCCUCUCGCUCAGCUCCCAUAGGGCUGUGGCUGUCAGCUCAUUGCGAGCCUCGGCCGAGGGCAGGCAGCGGCAGCAGUUGUUGAAGUACAUCCCUCCCAGCCCCUCCAGCUCGGCGGCCGUCGCGCAGUACACGGUCGUAGCAGCUCCCUGUUGCUGAAAUAACAAAAAAAAAAAAAAAAUUGAAAAAAACAUUGAAAAAAACCCAUAUAUAUAUAUAUAUAUAUAUACAAGCAUAUACGUAUGUAUAUUUAUAUAGAGAGAAACACAGGUAUUUUUAUCUCUGUCAAUUUGCUUGCUCUCCGCCGGAGCUGUGCGUCUUUAGGAGAGCAUCGGUGAAAGCACUGCAACCAAAGCAUUGCUAAGGAUGCUGCCUGUUUGCCUGCUGGCCACUUACCUACAACACACCCUAAUGAGAAGUUAUUUUUCCUUUUCAUUUGCUCGUAGAGUGACAGAAAUAAUCCAGAAUCUCAUUCCCUGAUCUCUGUUCUUUUGCUCUUUUUCAAUAAGUCCUGGGGGGUAGUGAAAAAAAAAAAGCCCUAAAACCAGAAAAGUAGAUCCAAGAAACCAGAAAAGUUAAUCCAAGUUUCAAAGCAGCACCUAAAAGCUCCCUUCCAACCCCAAAAUACCCCAUACUUUGGGCACUGCCGUUUCCUAACCCUGGCACUGCAAACUGACAGGUAUAUCUAUUUUGGUGGGUUGGGUUUUUUUAAGCCUCUCAUACAAAAUUAACCUGGGCAUUCUAAUUAAGACCUAUCACACAAAGUGCAAUCAGGCUUUGUGCCAAACCAGCCCAUCUAUCUCUGAUCUGUGGUUUUGCUGUGGCCAUUGUCACUGCUGCCGUGCAGGAAUGUUUGUCAACUGCUGCAGGCAGAGAGGCCAGUUCUGCACAGACAUGAGCCUUCCCAGUGCUUUCUUUUAAUUUACUAUUCUCUAAAAAACAUUUUCUCAAGUCUUAUAAUGCUUUAAGAAGCAGGUAGAUUAGGAUUCUGUGGAGCAGAGAAUUUUUUAUUUUUUUUUUCCCCUUCUUUAUCUAUUUUUUUUAACACAAAAUGAACUUAUGUUAUGAACUGGCUUCUCUGAAUUUCUCCAACAGAAAGCUGGAGCUGGAGGGCAUGUGGACAGCAGUGGGUGCACCCCAGCAAUGGGGCACUCAAGGCUGCAAGCACAUUGCCAGGAGAGUUGCAAAAAGAACGUGAAACUGGCUGCCUUUGUAAACUGUACUUAAAAAUAAGAGGCGAGAGCGCAAAGCAAGACACUGCGCACAACGCUAAUUUAAAACCGAUAGUUUAUCUGGCAUCUUGUGAUUAUUUAUGUACAUCUUAGUCCUUUCUGUGGUAACUCAUUAUGGGCUGAUAGGAAUCAGAAUAAAGAAGCUGCCAACUAUGAUAGAAAGAAGUAAAUGAAUAGAAAUUAGACAUUGCCACAUUAGGAUAAUUUAAUGGGAAAAGGGAAUGAGCUUCAACCUCCUGUGAUUUUCCUGCAGUUGUUUUUUUUCCCCCAGCCUUUCAGUGCCACAAUCAGGGAAACUCAGGGUGCUGUUUGCAGGUCAGCCUCCAAAAACUCUGCUCUGCAUUCUCAUCCUUCAAGGGCAGCCUUUCUAAAAAAAAACCUCAGCUCUCUUAAUUGAGGUGUCUCAAUUUUGUAACAGCAAAGAAAGGCGUAUUUGUCUGCAAGAUAGGCAGUUUUCUCAGAAGAUGGGAUUAAGCUGAUAAUGAUGGCUCCACGGCUUAGGAAUGAUCUCCCAUAACAAGGUAAACCAAACUGUCUCUAUUAAGGCACAUAUUUGUCAUCGGACCGAAAUAUUUUUUAAAUUACUAUAAUGCAAAGCACUCCACUUAUUAAACCACUAUAUUUUUUAAAAAAGGAGAAAGUAUCUUAAAGGCAGUAGCAGAAAUGUAGGAGACUUCUACUAAAGAUACUAUUAACAGAGAACAAUAUUAUGCUCAUUUGAACUAUCCUGUAAAGCUCCGCAGCACAGGUAUGUUCACUGUAUUCAGCUGCUUAGAAUGAUUCAAAGCCCCCAAAGAGUGUUAUUAUUAGUUUUUGCAAGCAAUUCAACUGGACUUUUAUUGGAAAGGUAAAAUUAAACUGAAGUGCUCAACGCAGAAUGAGAGCCCUUAAGCUAUUGCUGUAAAGCAUCCAUCCAGCUGAGCCAAACUUAGGCUAGCUUGUAGAAAACUCAGCUGAUUCAUAAAGAAAAGUUUAUCAGAGCAGUUCAAAAUCCAAACCAAACAAUAAUUUGUCUUUCCACAUGAGUCAAAUGUGAUCUUCAACAAAAUUCUCAGCAGGCAGAAAACGUCCUACAGCAUAACGGCAGUGCUUUAUACCUCCAACACUGACACAACCUCAACUCCAAAAGAAGAGAAUAGUUUUCCCUGUGUGCGUGUAAGAUAUUUACUUUAAGUGAUAAAAGAUUAUGUGGCUGGAAGCCCAAAGCACUUUAUCAUGUGAUGCCUCCAGUGUUUCACUGAGGACUGGAUGUAAGCAAUGUGCCAUUUGCUUUUUGGCUGUGUAUAUCUUUACAUCUUUCUAAGUGUUUCAAUUGUCCUGAGUGGUUUGGUAGAAAAAAGUUCAAUUGUUCUCACAUAGGAAGAAAAGUAUGUCUUCUUUUUAUUAUUUAAGAGAAAUGCAGUCCUAUUUAUCCCUUUGUUGACAGAGGGAAAAGCUUUAAGUAUCAGAGAAUAAUGGACAAAUGUGAACUCAUCAAGCCUAGGAGCUUGAUGAUAACAAAAGCAAGAAAUAUAGAAGGUAACUCUCAGGUUCCCAAAGCCAUUUAAGCAUCUAAAUUCCUCCGGUGAAUGCAGGAUCUUAAGUGACUUGCCCAGGGACAUAGGGGACUCAAUAAUGCUCUGGGUUGGGUGGGGUGCUGGGAGGUCCCCAUCCCAACAGGACCCAAGGAAGCCAAUACUGAUUGUGCCAAAUGGGAAGGUCCUUGUGCAACUGACCCCUGCUUGGCAUCAACCCCCUCAAAAGGGCUGGGGCUGGAUAACUGCAGAGCCAAUGCACAGCUGGGCUGAGAAAAUGCUGAGUUUCUCAGUAAAUAUUGUUUAGCCCUUCUGAACGCGGUCUUUUGAAUGACAUCUUUAUACACCGGGCUUUAUGACAGUUUAAUAACAAGUUUUAAUUUUUUUGCUCAUCAGCUUUCCUGUUCACAUAUCAUCAGCAUAUGACAGCGGAGGAUGUUAGGGAAUCUAAUUAGUAAACAAUUCCAUACUGCUGAUACAAGAUGAAACAUUCUUAAACCGAUAAAAAGAGCACUUUAAUCACUGUUGAAUGACUUUCAAUGCCAAGCGGUUUGUGCCAUGUCAGAACAUAAUUUGAAGAAGAUUAGAGUACUAUAUAAAAGAAUUAAUGUUAACAACUUCGUUAAAAAAUGUCUUAAACAAUGAGCUUGUCAGUUGUCACAGGCUCUCCCUGAUCUAUUGUGAUUAACGUCCCGGCUCCCAACAAUUUAAACCAAUAAACAAUGCUAAAAGCUCCGGGCAACCUAAACAUUUUUUUUCCUUAUGUCCGUCAGUUGUAUAUGGUGCUAAUCACCCGGGCUGGGGGUCAGCUGCCUUAACCCUAACAAAGCAGCGAGUGGGGAUGAUGAAUACGUGGGAUAAAGAAUUUGUGAGAAGCCCAACUGAAUCUUUAAUCAUGCCUCAAUGCCAUUUCCGAUCCCGGCAAACGUCUGAAAGCUGCUAGGCAAGCACCACGCCAUCAAUCUUCCCAGUGUACGUAAAAUUACCCAGGAAUCUUGUUUUGGAUUAAGUUGAAGAGUGUCUUAGUAAUAAGAGUUCAUCAUUCUCCUUUGCAAAUCAUUUGUCAGUUUUGUAAUACAAUCUUAAACUGCAGCAGGGUGGGAUUUGUAAAGCCGUUGCUGUUUAUUUAUAGUUGAGGCUCAGAGAUCUAAAUUAUCCAUCCUCCCAAAAUCCUUUGUUGAAAUAAAAGUACUAAGCAGCUACUAGUUCACAGGCAUUUAUUUCAUAACUGUGAGCUAUCAAUUUGUAACUGAUGGUACUGAGUACAAAAGGAUAUUGGAUACCUUAACAGUUAAAGAAGAGGGGUUCCCGAUGUACAGCAUAUGGUAAAUCCCUCAUUAAUAUAUAUAAUGCAUCUGUUAGUAUUCUAAGAUACUACUUACAUUCCUGAUAAGAAAACAUAUUACACAGCUAAUGUUUAGUUUUCAGAUUUGUCUGCUUUCAAAUGCAUGUUUAUUUUCUAAGAUUAGAUCCCUGUUCUGAAGCAGGUUUACGUAGGAAGCAUAUAAAUAAUAGAAACAAAGCCAUAACUUAUCUGUAUACUUAUCAACUACAAAUUAAUAAGAUCACUCUACACUCUGUUAAGGGCAUUGCCUACCAGCGAGGUAGAAUCAGCUAUUCUGAAAAGGAGUUGUUAUUCAUUUUAUUACAAAAAAAUUAAGUAUUAAGGCCCGUUAUCUGGGUAGCCUGAGGUGAAGUUUAACACGGUGCAUCUUAAAUGAUGGCCGGUGGAGGGAGGUGAAUUCACAAUGACACAGGAGGAGAGCAGUUGUGACAAGGUCCAGACUCAAGGCGAGCAGCUCCAGAGAAAUAAAAAGCCAAGUGCUUCCUAACAACUCUUCAGGCUUUUACUGUUAACCACCUCAGGACUACUAGACCAAGCAAACACAGCCCUAGCACAAAAAUUCCAGCUCAACACAACAGCCUGCGCAUCACUGAUAGUGGAACCACUCAUUACGCAGUAGCAUACUGCAGCGCAUGGGCUCUCCCACCCUUUGCUGUGCCCCUGGGAAGCACCCUAGGGUUCAGAUCCAGGCUAGAGCAGGGUCAGUUUGCCUGAUAUCAGGGAGCUGCACUAGGAAUACACUUGUUUCCAUUUGGGAUCUCAAGCAACUAAGUUUUAGCCUCAUACAGGAGAUUAUAGGAGAACAAUUUGGUUCCUGCUGCAGUCCUCUUACUCAGAGCAAUCCCAGAUGCACUGUUAUCUUCUGAGUAACACUCACAGUAUGUGUGUGCUAUUCUCCUGUAAGAAAAUUGGAUUCCCUGAUGGUGGUGGUUUUUUUUCAGCAAGGAAAUAUGAAAUUGAGACCUGCCUUUGCUCGUUUGGGUGAGUAUGAUAAACCAAAAUCACAGCUGCAACUAAGAAAAAUAAAACUUUGGAAGCUGCCAAAUAUGAUUCAAUAAACAAAUCAGGCGCAGUUGACUUCAGGUCCCAUCUCCACCCAAGUGCCAGCAGGAAAACGUGACCUGAACUGACUCUGUAAUUACAGUCUUUUCAAAGGUCUCACUGAACCACAUCUAAACCAGAGAUUCUCAACCACCUCCCCUUCCCCCAGCACCACAUUUAAACCAGCAAAGCAUCUCUUAGAAGAUAAUACAACGAAUAAACCCAAAUCUGUAAGGUCUGCUUUUUCUUCCUCUGAUGUAUUCCUUUUUCAAUUAAUUCCCAACUACAAAGACUCAAAACUCUAACAGCUUCUCUACUUGCAAGGCAUAGUUGGUUUCAAGCUGUAACUUUUCUUAGUGUCAUUAAGACCUUUACACAUUUACAGUAUUCUUUACAUACAUUAUAGAAGAUAAAUGUGCUAUAUUCUUUGAGUAAGGGAACUGCAGUAGUUCAUGAAAGAGGAUUUGUUUUCAGCUGCUGAGGCAUUAAGACCUACUGAUUAUUUCAACUACUCAAUAUAUGCAGCUAUAUUUAACUUACAUUCUGGGUUUUAACUUUGCAAAAGAAAAUGUGUCCACUGUAAUAAAUGUAUUUUGAUAAUGCACCAUGUUGUUUGUGUUAUGCAACAUCCCAUAUGUUCUCAAUUAUGGCAGUGAUAGGGCUUGGAAGCUUCCCACCUCCAGCAUCCAGUGUCAAACAGAUUGUCUGCAACAGUCACUCCAUGGGAAAAGGAGAAGUACAACACAUCAAGGCAGGAGCACUGGGCUGGUGUUCUCAUUUCAGCCUUUACUUCCCAAGUGAACUUGGAUAAAUGGCUUCAACUCCAGGUACCUCACUCUUCCCACCUGUUUGUUAAAUGCGAGAGUACUGACGUUUACCCACCUCACAGGGGCGUUGUGAGGACUAGUUCACGUUUAUGGACUGCUUCCACAUCUCCUGUUGAAAAGCACUGUUUGUACUAUAAACCAUUGUUAAAAUGACUAGAAGAAGAUUUAAAAUGAUGUUGGCAUUACAGCUGAUAAAAAUGUAAGAACCUUUGGAAAAUCAUGCAGAUCUUUCUGUAUUGUAUAAACUUCCUUCUUUAACCUGUGAAGUUUUCUGCUACAACAGGCUCCAUGCUGGUAUCCUCUCAUCUAUUUGUUUUUGCCCAGCUCAAUGAGAUUUUGGUCAAACACUACUAGCCAGAGUACCACUGGGGACUCCAUGAAUGGUUGCUUUAGAGGUAACCAGACCCUGAAAGCAAGAGCAGUGGGUUCAUCCCACUGUGGCAUACCACAUUGCCUAACACAGGACUCUAACAUCUGAGCUGCCUUGGGAAAUCCUUCAGAAGGGCCCACAUUUCCUAUCUGGAAUUGUAUGUGCCAGCCUUUGACAGACAUCUCAGAUAAAACCACCUCACGUUUAAGGCAGCUGCAGACAUGUAGGUUUAUGCAAUGCUACUGCUCCUUCUGCAGCACCUGGGUGGGAGUUGGGUCCCACAGGCAGCUCCUUAUUCCUUACUUUGUUCUCACUGAAGUUCAUAAUCAGUUACUGAAAACUGCUUCAAGCCUGACAAAGAACCAUCUUAACCUUCAAAAACUUCAGUGAAGCAUAUGGCUUUUCCUUGCACAACCAGCAUUUCAGCAGCAUGCCCCAUGGGCUGCUCACCGGCCUUUUACCAACACCGCAUUUCCUCACUGAUCGCUUCUGAAUUCUCUUCUCCUGCCCACUGAACUCCUGUUCACACCCAAUUUACACUUUCAAGACAUCACUGCUCCACUGAAGUGGCAGUUUUGAACACUGCAUGCAAAUUGCUACCAUCUAGCAUUGCUGCUCCUUUCUUCUCACUGUGCCAUGACGUACAGAGCAGUGGUGUGACACCACGUGCUUCUCUUCAUGCCUAGAUUUGGGAAAACCUCACAUGGGGUUGGGAUCACGUUGGUCAUAUGAUGCUGCUGUCCUUUGCUUCUCUGUCCCCAGUGGGAAGCAAAGAGUAGGCCAGAGAUAGCCAGAGCCCCAGAGCAUCCAUCCCUGCAGCACCUCUGAAUCUCUACCACUCACUUUUUGAGACUAUGUUGAUACAAACAGGUCCCGUUAUGACUUGUUGACCAAUGCCAAAAAUGGAAACCCUAUAGAGGAUAUUGGAAAUCUCUCUGAAAUAUGUACUCUGCCAGCUAAGCCACACUCUUCCAGGCAGGUUAAUUUGAAGAGUUGGGCCAACAGGUUGUUAACUGUAGAUGUAUCCUGCCAGAAUAGAUAUGCUGCUGUAAGUCAGUCAUCAGAAUAGGACUGCCUGGUGUUCAGAUACAUGUACAUGAGAAUUUGAUGAAAUUGCUUCUCUUCUUAACUUCUGCUGACAUGAAAUGUUUUACUUUAUUGCUGUACCUAACUUUAAUUAUAGACAUACUUUAUAUAAAUGUAUGUACGCAUACAGUUCUGUAUAUGUUGUAUAUACUUACAUAGCUUUUUAAUACUAAUUCUAGUCAAAAUUUAGAGUCUUUUCAAAUGCAGUAUUGCAAUGAAUGUCAUCAUAAUAAUGACAUUGUGCUUCCUCCUUCAUUGCACAGAUCUUUUUUUAGACCAACUUUGACUUUAGAUACAAGUGAAACAAUCCCACAAAACACAACGCUUUUUAAGCAAGUGACCUUUUGGGACAAAUAUUUAACAAGCUAUUUGUUUCAGUUUUAAAGAUAAAGAAAGACUGUUUCUCAUCUGCUGACAUAUAAACACACGCACACACAAAAAUUUCAGUAAUACAAUGCAUUGAAAAACCACAGGGUGUGAUGAUCGGGACGUAUCACGGUAAGAAAUUAACUAAUAACUCUGUCUUCCAGAAACUAAUUAAGGGAAUGUAUUUUGCAAUAAUACAGAUCUAGCAAACAGGCCUCUAAUGUCUAGGCUUAGAGAUGUAAGCCAGGCACUCCUGUAUUAUGUAUGUGUGAUUUUCAUAGAUAGCCUGCUGUAAAGUGUGCCCUGUUAGUGCAUCUUUCAGGCUCAAAGACACUUGCCUUGUUAAUAUUUCAUUUAGUACAUACUGUAGAGUCUCAUUUAUAUUACUUCUAUAAUUAAUGGUGAUAGCUUAGGCACUGCCUUUACAAGGAGAGAUCCCUGUAUGUUGGUCGAUGGAUAAUGAGAAACAAUAGAUAUUUCAUUCACCAGCAGCUUGUUGCUAGUUAGUAGGAAAUUAUCGUGUGUACUGUUGCUUUAAUUGCCAGGGUAAAUAAUGCUGCCGCUGUGUUAGUGAACAUUUUAAAGCACUUGAUGCAAAUAGAAUAGAAACAAAACAAAACAAAAAAUUACCUUUAUUAUGCUACACCUUAGCAUAGGGAGUUAAAAAGGUCUUCAAACAUUUGCGUUCUAUCAUGCAAAUAUAUCUUAAUAUGCAUGUGCUGACUAUUCAACUACUGUAUUUUAGGAAAUACAAUUAUGCUGCCUUUCUCUUCUCCUAUGUAGACUGUAAAUAACUGUAGAUCUUUCUCUUGUUUUCCUAUGUAAAUAUAUGUAAAUACUAACAAGCUAUGCAUGCUGAUAUUCUAGGCAAUUUCAGGUACUUUUAUAAUCUGAAGGCAUGUACUUGAACUGGUUUGUUAAAAAAAAAAAAAAUCACUUCUCUCAAACCCUUUAAAGCUCAUUAGAAAUUAAAGAUUUCUUACUAGA